GCUCCCGGAGCCGAAGCGGACACUUCGCCGUCGCCCUCCGCCGCUGCUACCCCGCACCGCCGUGCCCGGCGCUGCUCCUGCUCCUCGCUGCUGGACGAGGAGUGCGUCUACUUCUGCCACCUCGACAUCAUCUGGAUCAACACCCCCGAGAAGACUGUUCCGUAUGGUCUCGGAGGCCCUUCUCGAUCCAGAAGAUCGCUGAACGACAUGGUGCCGGAGAUGCUCGCUGAACACAGCAGCAGAUGCCGAUGUGCCAACCAGAAGGACAAGAAAUGUCUGAACUUCUGCCAGACAGGAGAAGAUCUCUGGGCUCAGUCCACAGUGGAGAAAACCUCACAUCACCACAGCAAAGCUGGCAAUUGCAUCGGACUCAAAUGCAUGAACCGACAGCUCGCUGACAGCAGGAAAAUGAAGCGGCUGGAAGCCAUUGGUAACAGUAUCAAAGCUUCCUUCAGUAUUGCAAAGCUGAAGGCUGAGCUCCAGAAGGGGUGGAAGCUGAAACAUAACAGGGCAAACAAAAGGCAAAGCAUCUGGGAAAGCCUGAAAGCAUCCUAGUGGGAAGAUCACC